AUGGAUAUUCAGCCGACAAAAAGGCAGAGUGUCGAGGACGACGCCUCGGUCAUCAAGGCGUCCCUGGUAAGCGUCGGUCGCGAGAACCUGGCACACACUCUUCCGCCACACGAGUCGUAUGAAGGGCGGCAUCGAUGGGAUGCCGAGAUGACCUGGACGCCGGAGGAAGAGCGAUGGGUUGUGCGAAAGGCUGACAUGUUUUUCCUGCCGAUCCUUUGCUUGAUGUUUUUCGGUCUCCAAUUGGAUCGGGGAAAUCUGUCCAAUGCCCUGGCAGACAAUCUUUUAAAGGACCUGAAGAUUAACAGCGACGACUACAACAACCUUGUCUGCUUUCUCGCUGCCGAGUUCCCUGUUCAGAUGCUCACGAAGCGGCUUGGCUUCAAAUAUGUGCUUCCGAUAAUGAUGUUUUGCUGGAGCACUGUUUCUUGGGCUCAGGCGUGGAUGACCGAUCGGACUUCGUUUUACAUCACGCGUGCGCUGAUUGGCCUUUUUGAGGGUGGUUUCAUUCCAGAGCUUUCUGUUCGACUUGCCGUGUUCUGGUCAACCCUGAACAUUGCACGCGUAAUCUCGGCACUUCUGGCAGCUGCCAUUCUUAAGAUGCGAGGCAUCGGCGGACAUACAGGCUGGUUCUGGGCCUUUCUCCUGGAAGGCAUUCUAACUGCCCUGAUUUCCAUUAUUGCUUUUCUGUACCUCCCCUCGUCGCCGACGUCGACAAAGAGUUUCCUGUGGAGGAAGUCGUGGUACACGGAGCGUGAAGAGGCGAUUAUGGUUAACCGCAUUCUCCGUGACGAUCCAGCCAAGGGACGUACCGCUUUGAAGGAGCCGGUGACGUGGCACGACAUCAAGAGCGCGUGGUCGGACAAGUCGAUGUGGGGGCUGUACUUUAUCGGGCUGGUGGCCUACAUCCCGGCAACACCGGUGCAGGCGUAUCUGACGCUGACGAUCAAGCGGCUCGGCUUCACGACGUUUGACGCGAACAUGUUGACGAUGCCGUCGGCCGGCAUCCAGGUGGUGACCAUGCUGGUGCUGGCAUUCAGCAGCGACUAUUUCAACGAGCGGACGUUCCACUGUUUCUUCGGCGAGCUGUGGAUCCUGCCGAUGCUCAUUGCUCUGCGGACAAUUCACGAUGGCGGGCGGGAUUGGUCGCGAUUCACGCUGAUCACGCUGACGUCUGGCUACCCGUACUUCCACCCGAUUGUAUCGGCGUGGAUCUCGGAAAAUACGUUUGACGUUAAGAAGCGGACGAUCACGGCAGCUACGUACAAUGUGGUCGUCCAGAUCGGCUCUCUGAUCGGGUCGCAGAUCUACCGCAAGUACGAUGCGCCCUACUACAAACAGGGCAACACGGUGCUGCUGUCAAUCUGUGCCUUGUCACUGGUUGUGUUCAUCGUGCAGCGACAGGUGCUGGUCCACCUUAACAAGAAGAAAUCGGCCGUCUGGGACGUGAUGUCGGCUGAGGAGAAGACGGCGUAUCAAGAAGACACGCUGUCACGUGAGAAGGAGGGCAACCGCCGGCUGGAUUUCCGCCUACCCAUGCUGGCCGGUUACAUGGCGCAACCGCUAUCGAUGCCCAAAACGACAGCCACUGGCCGAAAGAUCGGCAGCAAGCGGGCCUGCGAUGGCUGCAAGGUGCGCAAGGUGCGCUGCUCGGGGGCGGUGCCCUGUGGCGGCUGUCGGGCGGCGGGCAUGCCGUGCACGUUUCUGCGGAAUCCGGCCGUCCGAGGGCCGAAGAGCCUGCGGGCGAAGACGAUGCUCCUCAUCGCGAAGACGCAGCAGCAUCAACAGCAAGAAGAGGAGCGAGAAGGGGAACGACACGCAGAACGAGAACGAGAACAAGACGAUGGAGAGCAGGGCUACGAUGGAGGCAGUCCGAUGGCAGAUGAUCGUCUACUGAGCAGUCUGGACACGGCCAUAAUGAUAUCAGAGACGGCAGCUGGCAACAAGACCCCGGUGCAGUCGCUGGUGCUGGUGCUGUGCAUCUUCCGGCUGCGCUUGUUUCCACUGUGGCCGAUUGUGGAUAUUGAGGCGACCAUGGCGUCGCUGCACCACCGCAGCGACGAGGACAACGACGGGGAAGACGGCAGCAGCAGCAGCCUGGAGGCAUAUGCGCUGGCCAACAGCAUCGGGGCAGCAACGGCAGCGCAGCUGAAGCUGACACAGACAGACGUCGGCAGCGAUGCGGCAGCCAUGGAGGCUGAGUGCCAGCGGGCACGCAUGGCGCUGCAGCGAGACGGCAGCCGAGAGCGGCCAGCAGGCAUCGACACGGUCCGCAUCUCGUUCUUCCUGCACGUCUACCACGAGAACAAAGCGCCAGGCGGGACCGAGUCGCUGCUGUAUCUUCGCGAGGCCAUCACGCUGGCGCAGAUCCUGCAGCUGCGUCAGCAAGGGUCUCUGUCGUCAUCGUCGUCCUCGUCUACGCGCGAGCGACAGACGUGGCAAAAGAUCGUUGCACUGCUCUUUGUGACGGAGCGCGGCGUCGCCCUCCUGCACAAGCUUCCGGCCAUCUUGCACUACGAUAUGCGGCAACUGGACUUUGACGAUGCCGACGAUGCGACCCGCGUGCUGCCCGGCUUCCGCAAGCUUGUCGGGCUCUUCUGGAUGCUCGACCAGGCCGGCGCCUUUUCCAUUCUGCAGCGGGCCAGUCCCGAGCCCGAGCCCGAACCCGAGUCCGAGUUUCAGUCCGAGUUCCAGUCCGAGCUCACCAUCUCCCAUCGCGGCCGCCUAGCCCUUCUGCAGCAGCGGCUGCGUGAUGUCGCUGUCGAGUCGACCGUCGACAACGACGUCCAGACGGCCGACAUCUGCGUCACCCGUCAGUGGAUGCAGGCUGUCCUCUGGCAUGCCUCGUCUGCCAUGCGGCCACGAGGUAGGUCCGUCAGCUCUGAACAGGCCACGUCCCUGUCCCAUCCGGUCCAGAUCGCCAGACGGUUUCUCCAGGCUAUCGCCCGUCUGCCUAACACUGCCGUCGAGGCACACGGCCCAGCCAUGGUGAGAUACAUAGAGGCCUUUCUUCAUCUGCAAGACAGCCCGCUGACCUCGCAGGAAUACAAAAUUUACGAAUUGGCAAGAAUCGUCCUCGAUGCUGUGGCUGCUGACUCAGCAGGCCUUCGCGACUCACUCGACAUGACCCGAGAUGUAGUGGUCCAGCUGCAGAAGAAGCUGGCGUCGUAUCGCGGCGGCAACAAGACGCUUCUGCUGCUCCUGCACACACGCACGCGCGACCUCCUGAGCGACAAUCGCAUUCACCACAUCAGCUCGGAUGGCUUGGCCGCCUACGACGGCAGCCCGCAGAGGCCAGCUGUCCUGUCCAGCCAGAUGAGCCAGGUGUAUACGCUGCAAACAGAGCCGACAACCUCUGUCCGGUCUGCGACAGCCGAAAACGAGGACGACAACGAUAGCCAGGACUCGUGGUUUCACACCACUGCCUCGGCACCGUCACAGUCCCAGCAGAUCAACGCCACGUACUUGACGGGGCAGCCUUUUCAGGCCCCGACUACGGCCGUCGACGUGCUGCUGGCUAACAGUGCGUUGUGGGAGCCUUCAGGCAUCUGGGACCUUGCAGGCGGUACCGACAUGAUGGACUUUGACGCGUCGUCGGCCAACUGA